ACCAAACUAAACUUCUGAGGUCUCGACUUACAGCUAUCAACCCCAGUCCCAUUCAAUUCAUCUCCACGCCCACUCAAUCAACUACUACAGAUCUGAUUGUACCACCAAAACCACCAUGUCCGGAAGCAUCCCCACCUCCACCUCCGUCAGCGAGUCGGCCGUCAUCGAGGCACCUUUCAGCGAUGUCUGGCACCUGAUCAAGCUCCAGGACUUCAGCAAGUUCUGGUCCAAGCUUGACAAGAGCGAGUUCGUCAAGGGAACCUCAGACGAGACGGAUAUCGUCAAGUGGUCGUUCAAGGACGGUACAGUGCUUGAGGUCAAGCAGGAGGAGCACUCUUCCAUCGACCACUACAUCACUUACUCUGUCAUCACCUCCAAGCCCGAGCUCUCCUACUCUUCCGUCGUCUCCACGAUCCGCGCAUACCCUGUCACUUCAGGCAAGCACGAGGGACAGACAUUCGUCACAUGGACUGGCAACUUUAGCAGUGAUGCUGACGCUAGCGUGAUCCAGGAUGCCAAGUUCAAGCGUCGUGAGGCUCUUGCCGACCUUGCCCAGGCCGCUUCAAAGAAGUAGGCUUCCAAUAACAGGCUCGGAAGCGAUAUAGCCUCCCAGGAAUUUACUUCUGCUGGAGAAUUUUUGCAGAUGCCAUAGCGUAUACGCCGCGUUCUCAAGAAGUAAAGGUCGUUGAUGUGCAGUGGGAUGGAAACUGUAUCAUACCAUAGCGAUAUCAAUGAGGACAUGACAAAAGACUCAAACCG